CUUUCAUUUUCUUGCUCAUCAAUCCCAUAAUGCAACUAAGAGCCAGAAAGUAAACAGUGGAAUCCAUGAUGGCGGCUGACAGUGAUCCCGAGUCGGAAGUGUUCGAGAUCACGGACUUCACCACAGCGUCAGAGUGGGAGAGGUUUGUAUCAAGAGUAGAGGAAGUCCUAAAUGACUGGAAACUGAUUGGGAGUAGUGGUGGAAAACACCCAGAGAAGGGAGAUUACACCAAUGGCACAUGGGAGGAGAAGAACCAAGAGAUCAACUUUGCCGAUUUCAAAUUCUGCAUCGCGCACAAUUACCUAAAGCAGGAGGCUUCGGAAAAUGAGGGAAAAGAGGAGCCUGAGGAAGAUGCAUUCCCUGCGGCCAUGCAGGACCUGCUUUGCAUGAACAAUGACUUCCCUCCCAGAGCCCACUGCCUCGUCCGAUGGUAUGGUAUUCGCGAGUUUGUGGUCAUCUCUCCCGGUGCGAACUGUGAGGCCAUUAUCAGCGAGUCCAAGUGUAACCUGCUCCUCAGCUCUGUAUCCAUUGCUUUGGCCAACACUGGCUGCCAGGUGCCAGUGUUUGUGCAGAUCCAGCACAAAUGGCGGCGCAUGUACUCUGGCGAGUGCCAGGGCUCGGGCGUGCGCACCGACUUCGAGAUGGUCCACCUUCGCAAAGUCCCCAGCCAGUACAACCAUCUUGCCGGACUCCUGGAUAUCUUCAAAUCCAAGAUUGGUUGCCCUCUGACGCCACUGCCACCCAUUACAAUUGGCAUACGCUUCACCUACAUCCUUCAGGACUGGCAGCAGUACUCCUGGCCCCAGCAGCCCCCUGACUUCGACGCUCUCCUUUCUGGAGAGGUGGGUGGAGUGGAGUUCGGAAAGUUGCCUUUUGGGGCCUGUGAGGAUCCAAUCAGUGAGCUCCACCUUGCAACCACUUGGCCACAUUUAACAGAGGGAAUUGUGGUGGAUAACGAUGUGUAUUCCGACCUGGACCCCCUUCAGGCUCCUCAUUGGUCCGUGAGAGUACGCAAGGCAGACAACCCCCAGUGCCUUCUGGGUGAUUUCCUGCUGGAGUUCUUUAAGCUGUGCCUGCUGAAGGAGUCUACAGAGGAGCUGUUGGGCAGGAACACUGUGGAGGAGGAGGGCAAAGAGAACGCAGACAUCAGCCACGCGCUGUCCAAACUGACAGAGCCCACGGCCGUGCCCAUUUCCAAGCUCUCCGUCUCCAACAUGGUGCACAGCGCUCGCAAGCGCAUCCGGAGACACAGGCGGGUCAACGAGUCGCCCCUCAACAACGACGUCCUCAACUCCAUCCUGCUGUAUCUGUUCCCAGAUGCCGCAACGGACAAGCCCACUGAUGCAACAGCGGCCAAGGCAAAACAGGGGAACCCUGAUGGGAAAACCGAGCAGGAGAAGGAGCCUGAAGACUACAACUUAUUCAACCAGUUCAAAUCGGCGCCCUCAGACAGUCUCACGUAUCGUCUGGCCUUGUGCACCUGCAUGGUGAACUUCUACCACGGAGGCGUGCGGGCCGUGGCCCACCUGUGGCAGGAGUUCGUGCUGGAGAUGCGGUACCGCUGGGAGAACAAUUACCUCAUCUACGGUCUGGCCGGUGGCACUCCAGACCUCCGGUGCUGUCUCCUCCAUCAGAAGCUGCAGAUGCUGAACUGCUGCAUCGAGCGCAAAAGAGCUCGGGACGACAGCCGCCAGAAGAGCGCCUCCCCCGAGGGGGUCCGAGAGCGGAAGGUGUCGGGCCAGGAGAACGGGCGCCUGAUGUCCGAGGGCACCAGCUUAUCUCCCGCAGCAGCAGCGACCGAGGUGUCACCCGGCAAGUCAUGGGAGUCGUGGAGCGACAGCGAGGACGAGUUCUUCGAGUGCCUGAGUGACACGGACGAGUUGAAGGAGGCAGCCGUUGAAGGAACCAAGGACGCCAGCAAGGCCAAGCCAGAGGGCCGGCUCCAGACCCACGGGAAACUCACCCUGCUCAACCACGAUGAGCCCUUAUACAUCCCAGUCACACAGGAGCCAGCACCCAUGACUGAAGACACCCUGGAGGAGCAGUCAGAGGUCUUGGCCAAACUGGGCACGUCUGCAGAGGGAGCUCACCUGCGCGCCCGCAUGCAGAGUGCUUGCCUGCUCUCAGACAUGGAGUCCUUCAAGGCGGCUAAUCCGGGCUGCAGCCUGGAGGACUUUGUGAGGUGGUACUCGCCACGCGACUACGUGGAGGAGGAGGAGGAGACGGACGAGGCCGGGCAGACGGUCGUCAAGGGCGACCUCAGCGCCCGCAUGAAGAUCCCGGGCAACAUGUGGGUGGAGGCCUGGGAGACCGCCAAGGCCACACCUGCACGCAGGCAACGACGCCUCUUUGAUGACACGAAGGAGGCAGAGAAGGUGCUGCACUACCUGGCGGUGCAGAAGCCGGCCGACCUCACGCGCCACCUGCUGCCCGGCCUGCUGCACGCCGCCGUGCUCAAGGUCAAGGAGGAAGAGGCCAGAGAGGACAUUUUGUCUGUGCGUAAGGCCAUACAGCAGGUGAUUUCCCAUGCCAGCAAGCUUCUGCGCCACCCCAGCCCCGACUACAAGAAGGUUGAGGACCUCAUUAACCAGGUCAUGGUGCUGGAGGCAGUCAUAGCCUGUGCCCGAUCCCUCAAAGCCAAGUUUGGCGUUGGGAAGAGCGAGCGAGGAGGAGAGGAGGAUGAGCUGGAAAGGUUUGUAAGCUCUCUGCUAGAGGAGCCAGAGGUGACGGUCUUGGGAGCGGGGAGGGGCCCAGCUGGCAGCAUCAUCCACAAGCUGUUUGUCAGCUCACAGAGGGUGGCUGACUUCAGUGAUGAGGCGGCGCUGUUGGCUCCACUGGAGGAGGACGGCGGACGGCAGGUCGGAGCCGAAGACAGGAAGCCUCCUUCGGCGGGCGGAGUCCCGGACUUCCCGCCCCCGGCCGGACGCGAGGUGAUCCUGCGCACGUGUGUGCCACGUCCGGCGCCGUACUCCAAGGCCCUGCCCCAGCGCAUGUUCUGUGUUCUGAUGCGCGAAGAGUUCCGUCUGGCUGGGGCCUUCUCUUCGGAUACAUCCUUCUUCUGAGAGGUGGUGGUGGUGACUGAGGCAGGGAUGGGGAGGUGGGGGGGACUGUUAAGGAAGUGGGAGCUGUGGGGUGCUUUGGCUAGGAACAGACGAGUCAGAGGGGGAGACCUACACCGAAGGCAGUGAUGAAGCAAAGGGUUCUCAGUGGGGACUCAGUGGGGACUCGCUUUGUACUCUGUGAACCUGCCUUUGUUGUUCCGAAUCGUUCUGCUUACAGCUUUAGCUCAUAUUGGGUUGGGUAAUCCACUCCAUGGGAGUCACAUUGGCAUGGGAGCUAGUCCUUUUACAUGUCAGUUGACACCAGAUGCACAGGUAUGCGCUUUAGUUCCACUUGUUUUUGAAAAAAAAAAUAUAUAUUUUGGAAGAGUUAAUUAUUCCAAUCUAUCAGAAUGGAUCCAAAGUAAGAUGAAAGUAUCCCAGUGUGAAGUUAUUUCUUCAGAGUCGUUAUUUUCGAAGAAUAACACAAAGUGGAAGUCUCUAAAUAACACACAAAAACAUUAUAAAAAAAUUAAACAAAUGUUUUAAAAAGGUAUUUUAAAAUGUCAUCAAAUCAUGUCGUUCGACUAUAUUGUAUUUUGUGGGACUUCUAGUGCUGCUAUGACAACCAGCCCAACGCUAGCCUAGUAUUUCUCUGCUUAUUCUACUUCAGCUCAUUCACACACUUGUUAGUGCAGUCAUUGGUCAUUGUCUUGUCCUUCUUCCCAACAUCUGUGUAAAGGAUCUUUGCUGAAAGUGCAAUUAUACAGGUAUCUGUAUAUAUCAUAAAGAUGUUGACCCUCACAUAUUCCAGUAGAGAGAGGUGUCAUUGUCAGUGUCGUUGGUGUCUAUGAACAAUGGUGUUAAGUGCUAUUAAUAGAUAAUUUAAUUAAUUUUAUCAAAUAAUCUUGAAGAAGUCAGUAAGGACAAUGAGAAACCAGUUGUCAAUGUUUGACUGAAGGGGCACACUCAAGCUGUGGAACUAACCAAAGUCUGUAAAUGUCGGAUGAGUGGAGUAGACUUUCAUGUACUGUAGCCUAUUUCUUUGUUUAGUAUUGCUUAAUUACAGUCAAAUUAAAAAGAAUUGAAUGGUG